ACAAUACCCUCCUGAACAACAACAACAAUACCUUCCUGGACAACAUCAACAAUACUCUCCUGAACAACAACAACAAUUCAUCCAUAACAACUCCCUAUACAGAAUUAAGAUGGAAGGAAACCCUCGGCCUAGAAGCAACACAAGCUCUGCUUGGAACUAUUUUAUCAGAUACGGUCAGGGGUCUGCCCGCUGUUCACAUUGUGGUGUAGAGGUAGCUGUACCCAGUGGAUCCACUACUGGCAUGUUUUCUCAUCUUCAGAAACACCAUCCAACUUUGUACAAGGAGUCAAAACUUCGACAGAUGGAUAAAAUGGAAUUAGGAUCAAGAUAUUUUUCUCCGCCCUUUUCCCAGAAACCUGGCCCUCUGAGCACACCUGAAAGGUACUGUUGGGCCCCUGAGCUCCCUGAGUUCCCUGGCCCCCUGGAAGAGCCUGAGUUAGGUCUUGAAACUGAUCUUGUUCUCAUCAAAGCUACAGAUGCAUUUCACCUUUCGAAGACUAUUUACCCUGGGCUAGUUGAGAGGUUCGGACGAUUCCCGAAUUACAAGAUACAACCUGAAAUCGUCCCGGACUAUGAUUUAAUCAUACAUUGCUCAGAUGGACGAGUUCCAGCAAAUAAGUUACUUCUGGGAGGAGCAAGUCUGUUUGUUAGAUCUUUGUUAACUUGGAGAGAUCUGGAUCAUAUUUACUUUCCAGAUUUCAAGGUUGCAGUUGUACAUAGCUUGUUGGAGUAUUUGUACACUGGUACAACAAAAUUAACCCAAGAUGCAGUUCAGAUGGCGGAGUUAUUAGGCAUAAAAUUGGAAACUGUAAAUGAAACUGCAGAAAAGGAAGAGGAUUUUAUAGAACCAUACGAGCUUCAAAUAAAAACAGAAUGCGAGGAUGAUGAUGAUGAUGAGGAUGAUAAUGUGGAGGAGGAGGAGGAUUCUCUGGAGCUGGUUGGUCUCCCUGAAAUAGAAGAACCUACUCAAACCCAGGGUGCCGAGCGAUACUUUGACGUUAACUCUCUUCUUAAAAAACGGAAAUACGACGAGAAAGAAAAAGAAUUAGAGAGAAAGGCCCUGGAACUAAAAGAGAAGAUAUUUGCCGAGUGUUCUCGUCUGAGUGCGGUUAGAACAGGUCGCAAACCUUCCAGAUUACCGUCAAAAAUCUGGAAUUGGUUUAUCAAAACACCGACUACGUUAACAUGUAGGGUAUGUGGAGGAGAGCUGAGAAACUGUGGUAAUACAACAAAUGCUGCGUGUCAUCUUAGGAAACAUCCGAAAGAAUUUCAAGAGUUCCGACGAGAAUGCGAAACGGCUGAAAUGGAACGAUUUAUUCCGCUGCAGAGUGCGAUGGAGAAAGAGCGAUUUAACUGUUUAGUUUCUGGAUCUAGCACAAGUCCUCGGAAAUCCUCGAAUAGUCCAUCAAAAACCUACAAUAGUCCUCCAACUUCCCUUAAUACUAGUCCCCCAAACCAACUAUUAAACGAAAGAUCGAGUAAAAAAGUGAAAUUGGAACCUCUGAUAAAUGUUCAAAUAAAGGUUGAAGCAUCACCUUAAUUCUUAAAACAUAUGUGCUGUUACAAUAUUUAAUUUAAAAUUAAAUCUUAUUAAGUGAUAAAUAUACAUAGAUUGAAAU